GAUGCGAACCGAACGAAUGGAAUUGAAACCAGUUUGGAACAACCAUUGUCAGGAAUGGUUGAGGUUAAAUGUUUGUUUAUACACGUGUGAAUCGUGAACAACGUUUCUGUUGCAAUCAGAACGUCAUUUACGUCUUUAAAAAAUGGCAUCUAAAGAGAAAAGGUUGAGUCUGGCAGAUAAAAUCAGCAGCUUAGUUACUGCAGCGCCUACAACUUUCAAUUCUGACGAUGAAUACGACGAUACUACUGCAAAAGUGGUCGAGCGCGACGACGAGGCAGAUAACUCUAACGACUCCGAUGUUCAAAUUCCAAAAUUUCGAAAACGUCUAGACUUGUUGGACGAACUUGAUAAGAGAUACGAAGGGAAAAAGGUGAGCAGAAGAACUUUACAAAGUAAGAGCCUUCCAUCUGAUUCUGAAGAAGAUUUGGAGUCGGAUGACUCUAGCAUCUUGGAAGAGAAUAUUGAAAAUGAAGAAAGAAAUUCUACGGACAAUGAGGAUACCGACUUGAAUGACAGCAAAGACGAUGAGCCGGAUGAAGAUGGAGAUGAAGAUGAAGAUGAAGAUGAGGAUGAGGAAGAUUCAGUCAAUGAUGACGAGCCAGAGCUUGAAGUUGAUGAAACAAAUCCCUUACGUCGAGGCAGUAAGAAGACAGUAUCAAAUUUCCAACAUAUGUCUGUGACAGAUGUUGCUGCAGAAAUUGACAAAGGAAACUGCGUCCGAAGCCAGCUUGGGAUCUGGGAAAGCUUAUUAGAAAUCAGAAUAAAACUACAGAAAUGUCUAGUCUCCAGUAAUCAAAUGCCACAAUUUGACACGUACAAUGACUUGAAAAAAGAUCCAAAUUUUACCAAAACUACAAAUGAGACUAAAACUAGUGUCUCCAAACUUCUUGAUAAUUUGCUAGAUCUUCAAAGUGCUUUGUUAAAAAAUUAUCCAGAGACAAAACAACUGGCAAAAGAUAAUGCCAACAAAGGUACGAAGCAAGUCAGUCAGGAUGCGGACAUGGAGGAAGAAAUCCCUUCUGAUAGCGAGGAAGAGAUUGCAAAUGACAGUGUAGAAGAAGAAGGGGAUUCAGUAGAAGAAAAUGAGGAAAAAGUUCCAAGAAAGAAAAGAAAGGUCGAAGACUAUGAAACUCUACUGUCCAAGAACCACCAGUUAUACACAGAAUACAGAAAUUCCGUUAUUCAGAAAUGGAAUGAUAAGACUCGAGUAGCUGUUGGAAAUAUAAAUAACAAAGGAUCUACACAACCAGUAGUCAAGCAGAUUGAAUUUAUCCUGAGUGAUAAAUCGAAACUAAGAAAGCGGACCCAGUUGAAAAGAUCAGAGUAUGAUAUAAUUGGGAAGGAAAGAACAGGUGAAGAGGAUAAAGAUGGUCGAAGAACCCAGGAAUAUGACAGUGAAAUCUACGAUGACGAUGAUUUUUACCAUCAACUUUUAAGGGAACUCAUAGAGUUUAAAUCUGCUGAUGUCACAGAUCCUAUACAGCUGAGCAAGCAAUGGAUUCAAUUACAAAAUAUGAGAAGUAAAAUGAAAAGGAAAAUUGACACAAAAGCUACAAAAGGUCGCAGAAUUAGAUUCGGUAUCCACUCCAAGCUGGUGAAUUUCAUGGCACCGAUUACGGUUGAUGAUCUUUGGAGCGAUGAGGCUAAAAACGAACUGUAUAACUCUUUGUUUGGAAAAAUAAAAGAAGUAGAACAAAAGUAGCUGGAAUGUGGGUAGAGCAAGAAUAGACAUAAAGAAUUGUAAAUGUAAGCUAUUUGCUAUGUACAUAACGGUCAUGAGAAUAAUUAUAAUGAUAAACCUA